CUCUCACACCAACACCUCCUCCCCACCGCCGCCACACAGAUCUAGGGUUUCUUCUCCAGCGGCGGCGCAAGAUGUCGGAGCGGGUUCAGGGAACCGUCAAGUGGUUCAACACCACCAAGGGCUUCGGCUUCAUCACGCCGGAGAACGGCGGCGAGGACCUCUUCGUCCACCAGUCGGCGCUCAAGUGCGACGGCUUCCGCAGCCUCAACGAGAACGAGCUCGUCGAGUUCGUCAUCUCCUCCGGCGACGACGGCCGCACCAAGGCCGAGGACGUCACCGCGCCUGGCGGAGGCACGCUUCCCGGCGGUCCCCGCCCCGGCGGCGACGACCGCGGUGGCCGCGGCGGCGGCGGGUACGGUGGCGGUGGAGGCUACGGUGGCGGCGGCGGCUACGGCGGUGGAGACCGCUACGGAGGAGGCGGUGGCGGCGGCUACGGAGGUGGCGGCGGCGGCCGUGGCUGCUACAAGUGCGGCGAGGAGGGCCACAUCUCCAGGGACUGCACUUCUGGAGGAGGCGGUGGCGGCGGCUACGGUGGUGGCGGCGGCGGCGGCUACGGAGGCGGCGGCGGCGGCGGCCGUGGCUGCUACAAAUGUGGCGAGGAGGGCCACAUCUCCAGGGACUGCCCGCAGGGCGGUGGCGGCGGCGGCGGCUACCGCGGUGGCGGUGGAGGUGGUGGCGGCGGCGGCGGGGGUUGCUUCUCCUGCGGCGAGUCUGGCCACUUCUCCCGCGAGUGCCCCAGCAAGGGCAACUAGGCGCUGCAGAUCGUCAGAUCUGCCUGCCCUGUUUCCUUUCGCUCCUCGUACCUUGCAGCAAGUCAUACCCAUCAGUAGCUCUUGCCCCUAGUCUUUACUUCCGUUGCUCGUCGAAUGAAUUGGUCAACUGUGGUCGUAGCUGAGCCCUGGCUUCAGCUGCAACGACAGCGAAAAAAUCGGAUCUGAAAAAUGCCGAGAACUGCACUAUCUAUCACUACCCGUUGUUCCCUUGGAUGGUUGUCACAAAAUUUUGAUCUGAAGAAUUUCCGACAAGUUUUACUA